ACUCAUUCUAGGUUCGAUUUCCAAAAUUGCUGCAAGCCGAAUGAAAUUUAGACAACAGUUGUAAGAAAGAGAUUGGUAUUCCUACACCUAGAUGAUACCAUUCCUAAUCAAGAGUGCUGUCAGUUUAAUUUUCUUAGCUACUGGUAUUCAAUAUUGGCGAUAUGGAACUAUGACAAAAGAAGGUUUAAGUCCAAAUGACCCUAGUUCCCACUCUCACCCAGAAGACUGUCGACUAGUACACUUAGACUUGGAACUCAAUGUGGAUUUCAACAAACAUAUAUUUAGUGGUUUUGCCCAUCUGACUGUAGAGAAACAAAAAGAUGGAGUUGAUACAGUGGUUUUAGAUUCAAAAGAUUUGAAGAUAAAAAAUGUAACAGACCAGUCAACAGGGCAACAGUUGUCUUAUUCUCUUGGAGAUAAACUUGAUGUAUUUGGAUCUCGUUUAGAGGUCAGACUUCCUACUACCAAUGGAAAUAAACUGAACAUAUCAAUAGAGUAUGAGACCUCCCCCGAGGCCUCAGCAUUUCAAUGGUUGACAGCUGAUCAGACAGCAGGGAAGAGACAACCAUAUUUGUUUAGUCAGUGUCAGGCAAUUCAUUGUAGAAGUUUUGUACCGUGUCAAGAUACCCCAUCAGUAAAGUUUCCAUACACUGCCAAGAUAACAGCACCAAAGGAGAUAACUUUACUGAUGAGUGCCAUAAGUACAGGAUCGGAGACUUCUAGUAGUGAUAAUACUAAAACUAUUUAUAGAUUUGAACAGAAAGUACCAAUACCAUCUUAUCUUAUUGCUAUUGUUGGUGGAGAUCUAGAGAGCAGAGAUAUUGGUCCACGGUCAAAAGUAUGGUCAGAGAAAGAAUUUGUUGAUGCAGCAGCUUUUGAAUUUUCUGAGACAGAGACAAUGUUAAAGACAGCUGAGGAUCUAUGUGGUCCAUACGUCUGGGGUAGAUAUGAUCUUCUGGUUCUACCUCCAUCUUUUCCUUAUGGUGGAAUGGAAAAUCCAUGUCUGACAUUUGUGACACCUACUUUGUUGGCUGGUGAUAAGUCUUUAGCAGAUGUUGUUGCACAUGAAAUCUCCCACAGCUGGACUGGAAAUUUAGUCACCAAUAAAAAUCCAGAACAUUUUUGGUUAAAUGAAGGUCAUACUGUGUUUGUGGAGAGAAAAAUUCAAGGUCGAAUGAAUGGUGAACCAUUAAGACAGUUAAGUGCUGCUGAAGGUUGGAAUGAUUUACAACAAAGUGUGGUGGAUGUUUUAAAAAAUGGUCCCUAUACAAAACUUAUACCAGAUUUGAGAGGAGUGGACCCUGAUGAUGCUUUCUCUAUUGUACCAUAUGAAAAAGGAUUCACAUUAUUGUAUCACCUGGAAACAAUUCUAGGUGGACCCGAUGAAUUUGAACCAUUCCUGAAGGCUUAUAUAGAAAAAUUCAAAUACAAAUCUAUUGAUAGUACACAGUGGAAGGACUUCCUUUUCUCAUUUUUCCAGUCAAAGGUUGAUGUAUUGAACAAAGUGGAUUGGGAAACAUGGUUUUCUGCUGUUGGGAUGCCACCCAUUAAACCAAAAUAUGAUGAAAGUCUUGCUGUACCUUGUCAAGAAUUAUGUGAUAAAUGGUCUGCAGCAUCAGAUAGUGGCCUGUCUCAGUUUAGUGCCAAUGAUAUUCUGAAGCUGACAUCCAACCAGAUCAGAAUAUUCCUUUAUAAAGUAUUAUUAUUGGAGAGUCCAUUGUCCUUAAUCAAAGUAAAAAAAAUGGAAGAAUUAUACAAGUUCAAUGAUAGAAAAAAUUCAGAAAUCAGACUAAAAUGGUUAUUAUUGUGUUUGAAGGCACAUUGGGAGGAUUCUAUUCAAUAUGCUUUAAAAUUUGUGAAUGAACAAGGCCGGAUGAAAUUUGUCCGGCCUAUUUACAGAGCCUUAUAUGCAUGGGAAGGUUCAAGAGAUACAGCCAUAAAGAAUUUCCUAUCCAAACGUCCAGAAAUGCAUACAACAACAGCAGAAUUAGUUGCCAAAGAUUUACAUCUAGGAAGUUCAUAAUCAAUCAUAAGAACAAUGUUUAUGCUGUUAGAGCAGUGCUAGUGAAUGAAACUUGUUUUACAUAAUCAGAACAUGUUUAUGAAUCAUAGGACAUAUUCAGGGGCAUAGAACAAUAUCUGCAAAUCUGUUUAAUGAUUUAUAAAAUGUAUGGUAGCAAUUUGAUUUAUAAGAUAUAUGAUAGCAAUAUGAUUUAUAGAAUAAUUAGAUAUUUACUUAUAAGUCCUAGAUUAUCCUUAUUAAAUAAGAUGAUGUAAUUUCAAUUUUGAUGUUUGUUUUGUUAAAUGUUCUUUGGAAGUAUCUAUGUUAACAUUGAUAAUAUUUCAUGCUUUAUCAUUGUUAAUAUAUAAGAGGGUGGUAAAAGUGGUAGCUUCAUGACGAAUAAUGGUAAAAUUUCUUGCCAAAUGAGGUUAACAGUAAUUUUUGGUGUAUGACAAUAAAAUGUACACUGUCUUUUAGACGAAAAAAACAUCAACUUAAUUUGACGAAUCACGUUAAUUUUUUUCGAAAAAUGAUGGAAACAAUAAUUAUUUGAGACCUCUGAUGAAUCACGAUAAGGAUAUUUUGACGAAUCUCUGUAAAAUUUUAACCAAUUUGAGGCUAACGGUAGCGGAAAUGACUAUUUGACACCUGACGUUAAAGGGCAUUGCUACCCUCAUAUAUAGGAGAUAUAUACUGAUAAAUAAAUAUAAAUAUUGGUUACAAGGAUGAUUUAUGUUAUGGAAUUUUGAAUAGUCUACUUUACAUGGUAGUCCUGUUAUAUGUUGACUGAAGUCUUUUAAGCUAUCAUAUGUUAAUUAUGUUGAUUUUUCAUAUUGUUAAAAUCAAAUAUCAUUCCACAGACAUGUGAACUCUGGUAUCAGUCAGAUCUUGAUUAUAAUAAAAAAUCAAAUAAAUUA